AUGUCUCACGAUGCCUCAUAUGCAGCUCCAGGGUCCGCCGACCCGGAAAAGGCGACUCCUGCUGCGGCUGCUACUGUCUGCGGAAUCUCCCUCGUUCUUCUCCUAUCAAUCAUCAUCGCCAUCCUGUCUGCCGCGGUUAUUGGAUUAGCAGCUGGUACCGGAGUCGCAGCCAGCAAUUACAACGAUGCACAGGCCCGUGUGCGAUCGUUGAACUCUGCACUGGCCGCAGCCGAAGCCCAAGCCAGAGGCACACCCACUUCAUCUGGCAGCAGCAGUUCUAAAACCUCUGCUCCAACAGACUGGAACAGCAUCACCAAUGGUUGCUCCGAUAAUCCGGGAGACGUCAACGGAACCAGGUACACAUCUCAAUCUUUCGACAACACCAACUUUACCAUGUACUGCGACAAGGACACUCACAGCCUCUCGCCCGUGUAUUCUCUCUUCGCCAACAACUUCGACGGCUGCAUGGACGCCUGCGCCGGAUGGAACCACUACAACACGACAAAAGGGAAAUGCGUCGGCGUUUCCUUCAUUCCCUCAUGGAGCGUCUUGGCCACUGCGCUGCAAGGAGGCGCCCCCGGAGACUGCUACCUCAAGCCUGCUCCCUUAUCAACGGCCAACCUGACGGAUCCCAACAUUGGCGGUGGCGAGGUCCACACUGCUCUGCUCGUCUCAAAAUCAAAAUGA